GGCUCCCAGAGAUUCACAGAAGGGUGUCCUUUUAGGAGAAGCUUUUGGUGCCCUCCUACUGCCACACAGUCUUGAGGGUAACCAUAUCCGAGGACAUCUCAUAGAACCUUAAAAAACCACUGGGUUCAUCCUCUGUCCUCUUGGCUUUGUUCUGCCUUUUGAAAUGAAACCGUAGUCCUUGGCGGGCUUGAAGUCUAGUCCCUGGGCCCAGCUGCCUUUAGGAGAACUUGCAAUUCUGCACCCUGGCUCAGGGGCCCCACGCCUUCUCCUCAUCCUCCUAGGGCCUCUGCUUAGAGCUUUGCCCUCUCCUCUCCCAUCACUAUGGAGGGGGAGAAUCACUUAUUUUCUCUAUGUAGGAGAGAAACAGGAUAUUAGUUCCUGGCAGAUGGAGUAAACAGGUAAACAAGAAGCACAUGGUGAUGAGCUUCCGGGUGUCUGAGCUUCAGGUGCUGCUCGGCUUUGCUGGCCGGAACAAGAGUGGACGGAAGCACGAGCUCCUGGCCAAGGCCCUGCAGCUCCUCAAAUCCAGCUGUGCCCCCAGUGUCCAGAUGAAGAUCAAAGAGCUUUACCGCCGACGCUUUCCCCGGAAGACCCUGGGGCCCUCUGAUCUCUCCCUGCUCUCUCUGCCCCCUGGCACCCCUCCUGUCGGCUCCCCUGGUCCUCUAGCUCCCAUUCCCCCCGCCCUCUUGGCCCCUGGCACCCUGCUGGGCCCCAAGCGUGAAGUGGACAUGCACCCGCCUCUGCCCCAGCCUGUGCACCCUGAUGUCACCAUGAAACCAUUGCCCUUCUAUGAAGUCUACGGGGAGCUCAUCCGGCCCACCACCCUCGCGUCCACUUCUAGCCAGAGGUUUGAAGAGGCGCACUUUACCUUUGCCCUCACACCCCAGCAAGUGCAGCAGAUUCUCACGUCCAGAGAGGUUCUACCAGGAGCGAAAUGUGACUACACUAUACAAGUGCAGCUGAGGUUCUGUCUCUGUGAGACCAGCUGCCCCCAGGAGGAUUAUUUUCCCCCCAACCUCUUUGUCAAGGUUAAUGGGAAACUGUGCCCCCUGCCGGGUUACCUUCCCCCUACCAAGAAUGGGGCUGAGCCCAAGAGGCCUAGCCGCCCCAUCAACAUCACACCUCUGGCUCGUCUCUCGGCCACUGUUCCCAACACCAUCGUGGUCAACUGGUCAUCUGAGUUUGGACGGAACUACUCCUUGUCUGUGUACCUGGUGAGGCAGUUGACUGCAGGGACCCUUCUACAAAAACUGAGAGCAAAGGGUAUCCGGAACCCAGACCACUCUCGGGCACUGAUCAAGGAGAAAUUGACCGCUGACCCGGACAGUGAGGUGGCCACUACAAGUCUCCGGGUGUCACUCAUGUGCCCGCUAGGGAAGAUGCGCCUUACGGUCCCUUGUCGUGCCCUCACCUGCGCCCACCUGCAGAGCUUCGAUGCUGCCCUCUACCUACAGAUGAAUGAGAAGAAGCCAACAUGGACAUGUCCUGUGUGUGACAAGAAGGCUCCUUACGAAUCUCUUAUCAUUGAUGGCUUAUUCAUGGAGAUACUUAAUUCCUGCUCGGAUUGUGAUGAGAUCCAGUUCAUGGAAGAUGGAUCCUGGUGCCCAAUGAAACCCAAGAAGGAGGCAUCUGAGGUUUGCCCCCCGCCAGGGUAUGGGCUGGAUGGCCUCCAGUACAGCCCAGUCCAAGAGGGCAAUCCAUCAGAGAAUAAGAAGAAGGUUGAAGUUAUUGACUUGACAAUAGAGAGUUCAUCAGAUGAGGAGGACCUGCCCCCGACCAAAAAGCACUGUCCUGUCACCUCAGCUGCCAUCCCGGCUCUACCUGGAAGCAAAGGAGUCCUGACAUCUGGUCACCAGCCGUCUUUGGUGCUACGGAGCCCUGCUAUGGGCACGCUGGGCGGGGAUUUCCUGUCCAGUCUCCCACUGCACGAGUACCCACCUGCUUUCCCACUGGGGGCCGAUAUCCAAGGUUUAGAUUUAUUUUCUUUCCUCCAGACUGAGGGUCAGCACUAUGGUCCCUCCGUCAUCACCUCGCUAGAUGAACAGGAUGCCCUUGGCCACUUCUUCCAGUACCGAGGGACCCCUUCCCACUUCCUGGGCCCACUGGCCCCCACAUUGGGGAGCUCUCACCGCAGCACCACUCCAGCACCCCCUCCUGGCCGGGUCAGUAGCAUUGUGGCCCCUGGGGGGGCCUUGAGGGAGGGGCCUGGAGGACCCCUGUCCUCAGGUCCCUCUUUGACUGGCUGCCGGUCAGACAUCAUUUCCCUGGACUGAGUCCCCUGGAUGAUGGAAACUUCCCUGCCUCCCAACACUGAGCAAGUAUGCUGUGGAGUCCAGACUCCUGGCCACUCUGACCCCUCAGGGGGCUUUGGCCAAAGGUCAGAAAGACCUUCAUGGAUACCUGUUUUUGGCCUUCUCUCUGCCUAAUAAGGCCAGCACCCAAAGGGUUAAUAUUUAACCUCUUUUUAAGGACAUUUGUGUUCUAUUUUUGGAAAUGUUCUUUAGAUGGCUGGCACAUUCCUUUGGGUAUGUUAACCUAGGCAGUGGGAGGCACAUGGGAUGGGGUGUCAGUUGGGGGAAGGGCUGAAUUGGCUAGAGCCUCAUUGGGGAAAGGGCCUUUUUCUUGUCCCCUAGAUGCCCUCUCUUCCCCAAAUCUGUGGUUCUGUACUUUCCCCACAUCCAUUGUCUCUUCAUGUCCAUUCCGUUCUCUUUGGCCAAACAGACAGGUGGAGAAGCUGAGACAAGCAGACAUAUGGACAGAGAACUCUAUUUUGGGUUGCAGAUUUUUUUGUACAUAAACAAGAAAAACCAAAAUACUCCAAAGAUGAUUUCCCCUGCUUCCUACUUCCCAGUACGACUGAGGAGGAGAUCAGGCCUUAGCCCUGAUCCCCAGGGGUUUGGGAGCAGGGCCUGGCCUAUUGCCUGGGUCUCUCUCUAUUUAUAUAUUUAAGUUCACAAUGUUUCAUACACUGACCAGCUUGGGGCAUGAGCUUUGAAAGGCCCAUGGCCCCAUGGUUAGGUCUGGCUCAUUCUGCACCUUUUCUGGGAGGUGGGAGGACCUCAUGCUCUCCCCAUUCUCCUUUUUCAGGCUCCUCCAGGGCCUAGGACCUAUGUUGUAAUUUUACUUUUUGUUCUCAAAGUUGUAGCAAAGUUCUUACCCAUAAUAAAGGUUGUGAAUGUC